GAAAAGAAAGAAAAAAGAGAAUAAUUUACAAUGAAACAGCAAAAAAAUGGAGGAGAAAGUAUCAGAGAAAGAUAGAGAGAACCAUUCCGCUGCGGAUCGUCGUGGGGUUUGCUGCCUCAAGAGGAAAACAAAUCGAGGAGAACGUGCACUGAGAGGUGAGGCCCAGCCAGGACAGGUGCUAGCCGAGUGGCAGAAUGGCUCGAGGACACCAGAAGGCACAGUCACAGGAGAGGAACAAGGCCAAGCAGGCGGCCCAGAAGAAGACCGGCCACAACGCCAACCAACAAAAGAAGGCUGCCAUGAAGGCACUCACCUUCCAGUGCUCCAUCUGUAGGAGCAUGAUGCCGGACCCCAAGACUUACCGCCAACACUAUGAAAACAAGCACCCGAACUCCGAAUUGCCCGAGGAACUCAAGAACAUGUGAUGCCGGACACCACCGCCAGCGUCACCUCCACCACCACCACCACCACCACCAUUGCUACCACCCCUGCCGCCAAUGCUCCAAUCGGCAGCCACUUCCUGAGGCUCUGCUGAUGAUUUGUGACUAGGAUCUGUUGUUUCUUGUUUUGCCCCCACCUCCCUGUCCACCCCCCCCCUCCCUGUUACCUGUCAGUCGCCGUUUUCUUUGCGUUAAGUAAUUUUUGAGCGGGCACUUUUAUAAUUAAGUGAUGGUUGGUUUUGUCUUUGUUUCUUUCUUUUUUUAUAUGAUUAUUUGAGUGUGAUUUUUUUUUUUAUUAUUAUUUUUUAACAGUUGUAAUUGUUGAAGUUUGAAGUUUAUUAAUUUUUCCUUGUUUUUGUAUUUUUCAUUAUGAUUUGAAUGAAAGUGUGAAUUUUAAUGAUUAUUUGAGUUUCGGCUUUGUUUUUUUUAUAUAUAUAUUUUUUAUGAUCUGAGUAAAAGUUUGAUUUUUCUACUUUCGGUUUUCUUUUAUAACGAUUUGAGUGAAAGUUUCAAUUAUUCUCUCACUUUUUCAUUGAUAAAGUGAUUGUUUGACGUCUUGUUUGGAUGACCAGGAGAGGUGUAGAAGCCGGACUUGUCAUUUCAUUAUUGGGGACGAAAAAAUCGAAAGUGAAUCUACAUAAGCAAAAAAUUACCUUGUCCAUUUGAAUUACUAUUAUUAUUAUUAUUACCACCACUUUUAUUAUUAUCAUCAUUGUAUUGCAUUUAUUUAAUAUACAAUACAUGUCUCAGGGUAAGAAUAAGUUAUAUAUACAACACACAAUAUUUUCUCGCUGAUAUAUUACGACCAAAAUGCAGUGUUAAUAAUUCCAUUGGUGUGUUCAUCGCAGCUCAGCCACCAUGACGAUUGAGAGAUAAGACACUUAACAGUACAACAUUAAUCAUUUCAUUGGUGUGUAUUUAUAAUCAAAACUUAAGGUAUAUGUAACACAACACAACACAAUUCCACAGGUAUAUUUAUGACUCACAAUUCAAGCACUAUAAGAAUUCUGAUAUUAAUAUGAGUCCACACACACACACACACACACACACACACACACACACACACACACACACACACACACACACACACACACACACACACACACACACACACAUGAGAGAUUCAGUUAGCUUAUAAAAUUCCCAAGAAUGAUAAAUAUUUACAAUGAUUUACACCUUACUAAAGUUUUUAAAGUAUUAGGACAGUUCUAUUAUUCCAUUCAGAAGGAAAACAUUGCAGAUUUGUCAGUUAUUUACUAAUUUAUUUCCUAGUAUAUGUUCUUUUCAAAUUUCCUUAUAUUGUCCAAUUUCUAGGGUGUUUAAACAGUACCCACUAAAUUCUAAAGGGAAAUAUAUGUAGAUUCAUUUGUUAUUUACAGUUUUCCAUUUAUUAUGUGUCAUUUUUAUUAGUUAUUAUUGGUUCUUUUCUACGGUGUUUACGCAGUAUCACUAAAUUCAGAAGGUCGUGUUGAAUCGUCAUUACUUGUUGUUUUUUUACGUCACGUGUUUGUAUUUCUUUCAUUUCUAUUUUAUUUUAUUUGAUCUAUUUUUUCCCGAUUGUCUGUGAUAGGUAUUCUUUGUAUUUCAUUUUAUUCCUUCUUCCAUAUAUUAUCUCUAUGUUUCUUAUCCACUCUUGUCUUCUAUUCUUAUUUCUUCUUUUCUUUACUCUUCUUCCUUACAAAUCCUUGCUUGUAUCUCCUCUUUCUCCUUCUCCUCCUUCUCCUCCUCCUAACAACCAAUUCAAUAGUUAAUAACGGGUUGCUGUGAUGAUAACUAACUCGCAUUUGAGACACACAGCUGCAGUACGCUCAUGAAUUUAUUAUAAUAGUGACAUACUGAGAAAAUGAUAGAUUAAUUCACUUUGUUUAUUUUUUUAUUUAUUUAUUUAUUUUUUUUUAGCAGUCGUGUCUGUGUGUGGUGGGGGAGGGCUGAGAAAAUAACUAAUACCCCCUUCCUUUCUUAAACUUAUUGCCCGUUUUCUUUGUCGUCAUUAUUCGCUGUUUUAAAAUUGGUAAUUCGUGUUGGUGGUGGUGAAAUGUUAUACUUUUUGGUGUUUUUAUCUUUGUUUUUAGCUUUUUCUAUUUAAUUUGUUAUUUUUCAUUUUUUUUAUUGAUUGAUUUUAUGCGCGUUAGCUUCAGGAAGAAAAAUUAUGGCAAUACUAUCGCGGCAGUUCUGGUUUUCAUUCUUUUUUCAUUUAUUUUACGCGCGGUGGCUUCAGGAAAAAAAUAAUAAUAAUUACGAUUACAUUAGUGUGGUGGUUCUGGUUUAAUUUUUUAUUCAUUCAUUUUAUGCGCGAUGGCUUCAGAAAAAGAGAAAACAACAACAAUACCGGUAAUGUUAGUGGCGGUUUUGGUCGUGUGCUGUUUGUUUGUCAGGAACCGAACCAAACCAAGGCAAGGCUAGGCAAGGUGACGUUACCCAUUUGAAGCCACGCCAAGCCGAGCCACUCAGCUCUCGGGAACACUUGUUUUUACCAAUGUCCCUUUACUCUUGUGCUUUCUGGAUAGGCUGUAGAGUAUAGCAAAGAAAGACAUUUAAAAAGAAAACUCUCUAAAAAUUCAAAUAUGUGCUUAAAAAAUGUAAAAAAAAAAUAAUGAAAUGGGUAGGAUAGGUGAUUUUGUGUGUAAUGGCGUUUUCUCUUUAAUUUUUAUAUUUGUCUCAUGUGCUGUCUCUCCUCUUCCUGUCUUAUUGUUUGUCUUUCUCCUGUUCCUGUCUUUUCUUGUUUCGUUUCUGCGUUUCAGUCUUAUCUCCUUUCAUCUUUUGUUUUUCUCUGUCUUUCCCAUCCUUUCCUAUCCAUCCUUUCUUCCCAUUUCUCUUAUUUUGUUUAUUUCCCCAUCCUUCCUUCCUCAAUCACUUCUAAGCUUCAUUCCUAUCUUCCUUCCCUUCUUCCUUUCCUUCAAUCAUCCCUUCAUCCUUUCAUGUCUCUCCUCUUUCAUCCUUUCAUGCCCUCUUCCCUUCCUCCUUCCUCCCAUAGACUCCAAAAUGUCACGCGUUGGUCGUUUUUAUUUUUGUAAGGCUUUUAUUGCUUUAUUCGUCUUCUUCCCCUUCUCAAUUGCCCUCACUAAACAUUUCAAACAUUUUCGCAUCUUUGUCACUUCUUCCAUCUAAUUUUUUGUCGUGUUUUUUCUCCUCUCUGCUCUCCUACGAUGUUUUUUGUCCCUCCUGUCAUAUGAUAUAAUAUAAAUAGAGGAUCGGUCGCUUUGGGCUCAUAUAGUUUAUUAAGCAUAAGCUCUCGCAUUACUGUCUGUAUAGGUAUCAUCAAAAACAAAACCAACCAAUCAGUCGGAAGAAAGAACAGUCUGUUGAGGUUUUUGCUUCUCUCAUAUCAUUACCAAGUGUCAUCCCAUUACAAGUUAUUAUUAAAAAAGGAAGAAAAAAAAAAUGAUUAGCUCAAGGUUCCAUUAUAUUUUAUAUACUACCAUGUACGCCAUGGAAUAAAGUGUUACCACAA